AACCCUUGCGGGACAGACGCCGCAGUCGCCGCUGAAGCUUGUCGCAGGGGCAGGGCAAACAUCAUGCUUCAUUUUCCCUGCCUGGGUGCUUGACAUAUUAUGUCAAAAAUAAAAUGAGUAUCCUUGAAUAGUUAGUGGAUGCUCUUCAAAGUAGCACAGAUAAUAAUGUUAUCAGGGGUCACUGUCCUGUUUUUUAAAAGGCUCAGAAUCUAAUCAGAUUAGUUAAAUUAGUAUCCACGAGUGCAUUUCUCAGAGCGUCUGUAAUAAGAGUUGGACUGAUUAAAAAAAUUGGCUGGAGUGGUGUGUAGGAAAAAAUGGUUAUUUUAGAAGGAAUGUUUUUACAUUGUGGUGUGCUGUAACAAACGUGUUUUGAUCCCACUCACUGUGAAAUCAUUGGGUGUUUUCCAGUAGAUUUCGGUGAUAGCAGGACCACAGGGAAUUACACAGGAACCAGUUCUCUGAGGGUGUGGGUGGUGGAGGAGGGACAAUUCCCUCUUUCUCACCCUCUCCCCCCAUUUAUUGACAGAGUGGAGGAAAGCACUUCAGCCACUAUUCCAGACCUGUGACUGGAGAAGGAGCCAUGGCACCUUUGUACCCUCUGUGGAUUCAUGGCCCCUGAUUCCAUGUAAUCACAGAUGCCGUGGCCAUAUAUCCCCUAAUUUAUAAAACAAGUAUUUAUAAAUUAUAAACAAGUUAUACUAUUGUUUAUUCUUUUAAUGUUUGUGGUGAGACUACUUUAAAUAAAUAAAACAAACACAUUCUCCCACUACAUUGUUCCUCUUCUUGUAACUGGCUUGCUAGUAUGAUAUUGCCCAGUUAUUUGAUUCUUUGUUGUCUGGAGUAAUACCUUUCUGAAAGCUUGAAUACUUUUUACAGUUGCAGUGAUUUAUGGUAAGUCUUGUUCCUUCUAAUAAUGGAAUAUUCAGGCAUAUAAACUGUAAGGUAUUACUUAUACAAUUCAGAAUUUAGGAGUGUAACCAAGCACAUCUGCCUGUCUAUACAUAAUGUCUAUGCAUUGCAGAGUUUUAUGAGAUUUACUGUGUGUUCUGUGUCUCUCUCACAGAAGAGUGUAAAGCAUGGGACCAAGAGUUGGAAACACUGAACAAAAUCUGUUUUGAAACAUGUUUUGGGUGCAGUUCUUUUCUAGGCAUGCCUCUGUGCAGAAGAUUUUAGCAAUAAGCAGUGUAACCAGACGCACUUCAAAAUCAGUUAAACAUGGCCGGUCUGUGUGUUUAAGAAGCAUUUUCUUUAACUCUGUCAAAUACUAUCCCACUAAAUUAGUUCUGGGAAUUGAAACUAGUUGUGAUGAUACAGCAGCUGCUGUGGUGGAUGAUACUGGCAAAAUCUUAGGAGAAGCUUUACAUUCUCAAAAUGAAGUCCAUUUAAAAACAGGUGGGAUUAUUCCUCCAGUGGCACAGCAACUUCACAGGGAAAAUAUUGAGCGAAUAGUAAAAGAAACACUCUACGUCAGUGGAAUCUCUCUCGAUGAGCUCUCUGCUGUCGCAACUACUGUAAAGCCAGGACUCGCUUUAAGUCUCAGAGUGGGAUUAGAAUAUAGUUUAAAAUUGGUGGACAAGUAUAAAAAACCUUUCAUCCCCAUCCAUCACAUGGAGGCACAUGCACUUACAAUCAGGCUGAUAAACCAAGUGGAAUUUCCUUUCUUAGUUCUUUUAAUCUCUGGAGGCCACUGUAUCCUGGUAGUAGCACAAGGAGUUUCAGAUUUUCUUCUGCUUGGACAGUCAGUUGAUAUAGCACCAGGAGACAUGCUUGACAAGGUAGCAAGAAGACUCUCUCUAACAAAGCACCCAGAGUGCUGCAGAAUGAGUGGUGGGAAAGCUAUAGAGCACUUGGCCCAACAGGGAAACAGGCUGCAUUACGAACUCAGAGCUCCCAUGCGACAUCAUCGUAACUGCAAUUUUUCCUUUUCCGGACUUUGCUUCAAUGCCACUAGAAUAAUUAUGCAAAAAGAAAAGGAAGAAGGUAUUUUUCAAAGUAAGAUACAUACAAAUUGUACACCUGACCUGCGGUUAUAUUUGCAAAAACCUCUUUUGCUCACCAUUUCUGCAGGUUUACAGGAGGGACACCUCCUGUCCUGUGUUACAGAUAUUGCUGCUGCAGUACAGCAUGCAGUAGCACUUCAUAUUGUCCAGCGAACACACCGGGCUAUUCUAUUCUGCAUAAAAAGUGGCAUCUUAUCACAAACAAAUGCAACGUUGGUUGUAUCAGGAGGAGUUGCAAGUAAUCAGUAUAUCCGAAGAGCUCUGCAAAUUGUAACAGAUGCAACUAACUUCAAUUUGCUGUGUCCUCCUCCCAGACUCUGUACUGACAAUGGUGUUAUGAUUGCCUGGAAUGGCAUUGAAAGGAUGCAUGCAGGCUUAGGUGUGUUACAUAGCACAGAUGGCAUACGCUAUGAACCAAAAGCUUCUCUUGGAAUUGAUAUCUCAGAACAAGUUGGAGAAGUUGCCAUCAAGGUACCAAGUCUAGAAGUCUCCCUAAAUGAACUUGCAACUAUCAACUUAUAACACAUCCAGUUUGGGAAUUAUUGUUCAUGGCUAUUAUUAAAAUGUUUAUGUUUCCUAGCCUUCUCUUACUAAGACAUAUCUGACCAAUGUAAGCACCCUUAUGGGCAGCUGUGCUAUUUAGUAAUUAAAACAGGGAGCUGGAA